AUGGAAAGAAGACAACGGGCCCAUGACGGAAGAAGACUGCGGGACCUCAACUACGGCGGGAAGAAGACGACGCGACUACCAACCCAGGUGGAAAGAAGACGGCGGGGCUACAGACCGCGACGGAAAGAAGACUCGGGGACUACGAACCAUGGCGGAAAGAAGACCACGGAACAAAGGUGGAAGAAGACGGGACACCAACCAAGGUUGGAAGAAGACCACGGCAUUACGGCGGAAAGAAGACGGGAUACCAACCUAGGCUUAUUAUUAAUAAAUCAAUCACUAGCCGAAUUAGUGCACAGAAAAUUUGAAUAUAAAUAUUCAUUCAAACCGCCUUAUUUAGCUCAAAAAGACGGUUCUGUACCGUUUUGGGAAUACGGUGGCAAUGCUAUUGCUGGCUCUGAAAAUGUCCGUUUGGCUCCGUCACUGAAAAGCCAAAAGGGAGCAAUAUGGACAAAGCAACCGAUUAAUUUUGACUGGUGGGAAGUCGACAUUUCAUUUAGGGUAACUGGCAGAGGAAGAAUAGGAGCUGAUGGCUUGGUAAGCACCACUUUAUAA